AUGCUUAAUGAACACGUAUCUCAACUAAACCAAAAAACAAAAGAAAAAGGAAGAGAAAUCGAUGAACUAAAAAGACAGUUAAUAGAGAGAGAUAGAGAAUACAAAAAGGAGAUGAACCAGUUAAGGGAAAAUAUUCAACAAAUCAACAUUACAGAAAGAAGAAAUAAAUCGGUAAACUUCGAUGAUGAAGAAAUAGGUAAUCGAUAUAAUAAUAAAAAUUAUAACUAUAAUGAAGAUAGGAGCAGAAGUUAUAAUAGAGAAACAAAUUAUCGAGGACGACAACGUGAAUACAAAGAUAAAAGUCCAUACCCAGGAAGAUUUAAUGACAGAAGUAGAGAAUCUAGCAGAAAUAGACAAUAUGGUAGAGACAGAUCACAGUCCAGAGAGAGACAAUAUUACAACAAAAUACAAAACGAGACUAAUACAUAUCGAGAUUACGAAAGAAAUCCAAGCCAUAGAUAUGAUCCAAACAAUUACGAAUAUAGAGAUAACUCACGUAAUAGAGAAGCUAACUUAAAUACAGUCAACGGUAGAGGCUAUAGAAACAGAUCACAUUCAAGAGAUCGAGACAAUAAUGGAAAUUACAAUUACAACUACAGGCAUCAAUACAGCAGAGAACAUAGUCGAGAGAAAACACCAGAAAGAUACAGGGGAGAUCGCUAUGAUAAAGAAUCGGAAAGAGUUACAUGCUAUAGGUGUAAUGAAAAAGGUCAUUAUGCCGAUAAGUGUACAAAUACAAAAAACUAG